GGAAAGGAAAGUAAAGAUGGCGGCUUACUUACAGUGGCGGCGUUUCGUUUUCUUUGAGAAAGAGCAGGUGCGGGUUCCUGGUGAAGGUGGAAGUCUGCUCACCAUGCCCACUGGUUUGACUGUGUGCGACUCUGGACGUGGCAGCCUUAUCUUCGGAGAUAUGACAGGAAAUAUAUGGUUCCUUCCCCGCUCUCUGCAGCUUACCUCUUUUCAGGCAUACAAAUUGUGUGUAACUCAUCUUCACCAACUGAAGCAGCACAACAUACUGGUUUCUGUUGGAGAGGAUGAAGAAGGAAUCAAUCCAUUGGUAAAGGUUUGGAACCUGGAAAAGCGAGAUGGUGGAAGCCCACUUUGCACAAGAAUCUUUCCAGCCAUUCCUGGUAAUAAACCAACCGUGGUGUCAUGCAUCACAGUCCACGAGAACCUCAACUUCAUGGCAAUUGGCUUUGCUGAUGGAAGUGUUGUCCUUACCAAGGGUGAUAUAACACGCGAUCGACACAGUAAGACUCAGAUCUUGCAAGAGGGUAGUUACCCAGUUACAGGAAUGGCGUUCAGACAGACUGGUAAAACCACACACCUCUUUGUGGUUACCACAGAAAAUGUGCGGUCAUAUGAGCUGACACAAAAGGAUUACCCAUAUGCAGAACUGGAGUCCCAUGGCUGUGGCCUGAGGUGCUCCGCCCUGUCUGAUCCUUCUCAGGACUUGCAAUUUGUGGUGGCCAGUAAUGAAUGUGUGUAUUUAUAUCAGCCAGAUGAGAGGGGACCUUGCUUCGCCUUCGAAGGGCAAAAGAUGAUUGUGCACUGGUAUCGAGGAUAUCUCAUUAUUGUAUCAAGUGACAGAUUACCAUUUGCUGGACGUGCGGGGGAUUGCCAGGCAAUUGAUAGGCAAACACUGACUAUAUAUGACCUGAGCAACAAGCUGAUUGCCUACAGCAGUCCUUUCACAGAGGUUGUGGAUGUUCUGGCAGAGUGGGGUUCCCUGUAUGUUUUGACACGUGACGGACUCCUGCACGCUUUACACGAAAAGGACACGCCAACCAAAUUGGAGAUGCUGUUUAAGAAGAAUCUCUUUGUUAUGGCCAUUUCUCUAGCAAAGAGCCAGCAUUUAGAUAGUGAUGGCCUGUCUGAGAUCUUUCGUCAGUAUGGAGAUCACCUUUACAACAAGGGAGACCAUGAUGGAGCUAUCCAGCAGUAUAUUAGGACGAUUGGUAAGCUAGAGCCCUCUUAUGUGAUUCGCAAAUUUCUGGAUGCUCAGAGGAUACACAAUUUGACUGCAUAUCUUCAGGCUUUGCAUCUGCAAUCUCUUGCCAAUGCUGACCACACAACAUUGCUGUUGAACUGUUACACCAAACUAAAGGACAGUGCCCGCCUAGAGGAGUUUAUUAAGGCCAGUGAAGGAGAGGUACAUUUCGAUGUAGAAAUAGCCAUAAAGGUUCUUCGACAAGCCGGGUAUCACUCUCAUGCCCUCUACCUUGCAGAGAAGCACGCCCAUCAUGAGUGGUACCUGAAGAUUCAACUUGAGGACAUUAAGAAUUUUCAGGCGGCACUUCAGUACAUUGGACGUCUUCCCUUCCCUCAAGCUGAGAGUAACAUGAAACGCUAUGGGAAGACCCUUAUGUGUCACGUACCCAACGACACCACCCAGUUACUGAAUAAUCUGUGUACUAGUUUCCCUCAGAAUGGUGAGGGUAGCAGGGCCAAUCCUGAGGAAUUUAUUCCAAUUUUUGCUAACAACCCUUCGGAGCUGAAGACCUUUCUUGAGCACAUGAUUAAGGAGCACAGUGACUCCCCUCAGGGAGUCUAUGACACACUGUUAGAGCUGCGCUUGCAGAACUGGGCUCACGAGUUGGACCCACAGUUAAAGAAUCAACUUCAUGAUGAUGCUAUAUCCCUACUGAAGAGUGGCCGCUUCAAGAAUGUGUUUGAUAAGGCUCUAGUCUUGUGCCAGAUGCACAAUUUUCAGAACGGAGUUCUGUAUCUAUAUGAGCAGGGUAAACUCUUCCAGCAGAUCAUGCAUUAUCACAUGCAGAACGAUCAGUAUCAGAAAGUAAUAGAAGCCUGUGAGCGAUAUGGAGAUCAGGAGACCUGUCUUUGGGAGCAGGCACUUAGCUACUUUGCCAGAAAGGAAGAAGACUGCAAGGAAUACAUUGCCAUGGUUUUGGGGCACAUUGAGAACCGGAACCUCAUGCCACCACUGUUGGUGGUCCAAACCCUGGCACAUAACUCCACUGCCACCCUGUCUGUUAUUCGUGAGUAUCUGAUCAACAAAAUGCAGAAACUGAGCCAGAAGAUUGAGGAGGAUGAGAGAACGGUGCAUCACUACCGCGAGGAUACCGCACGCAUUCGCCGAGAAAUACAAGAAAUCCGCACCAGCCCCAAGAUUUUCCAGAAGACAAAGUGCAGUAUAUGUAGCAGCAGUCUUGAGCUGCCAUCCGUGCAUUUCUUGUGUGGUCACUCCUUCCACCAACACUGCUUUGAAAGCUAUUCAGAAAAUGAUGUGGACUGUCCCACCUGCCUGCCUGAAAAUCGGAAAGUCUUAGAUAUGAUCCAGGCACAGGAAGAAAAGAGAGAACUUUAUGACCAGUUCCAGCACCAGUUAAAGCAUUCCAGCGAUGGAUUUAGUGUUGUGGCAGAUUAUUUUGGUCGUGGUGUGUUCAACAAGCUGACACUCAUAACCGAUGCACCCACUGGGAGAUCGGGAAUGUCAAAGGAAGCCGGACUGCAGAGGGAACUUCUGAUCAAUACCAAGAGGAAAGCGUAAUCCAAUGACCCAACGAAGCAACAUCCAGUCUGGCACAUUUACUCAAUGGCUUAAAUGGUUUUAGAGACUCCAGUAUUUGUUUCCAUCCAGUUUAUGGAGCUCCAUCCUUGAUAAAUUAUAAUCAACUCCACAUAUUAUCUUUAUAAAUAUACCUUUGUAGAUGGCGGGGACUGUGGGGCAGUAACAAAGUAACAGGAAUAGGCAAGGGGAGUAUAUUAUACUCAACAAAGGACUUUUCCAAAAAGCCAUGGAGAGAGAGAAAAAAAUACUGUUAGGGUUAUAUAUUGUGAUUGCAUGGUUUCCUUAAAUGUCAAGUCUGAUUAAAACAUGCACUUGUAUAUAAAAUAUAUACGGCUGUCCUGGUGUCCAGUAACGGGAAAAAAACGGUCUGCUUUAUGGUGACAAACGGAAGGUCAGCAAAUCUAUACGUCAGUAUCCAGUUCUUAUCAAUGCAUUGCAGUCAGAAUAACUACAGAAUGUUUAUCCCUGCCUGUCCCACUUUGUAAAAGUAAAUAAGCUGUUUACAUGUUCAAAUCUUAAAACCGAUUA